CCUUAGAGCAUUUCUCGAGGGGAGAGAGGAGAGGAGGGGCGUUGACGGCCGAACAUGGUCGAGGUCCUACCUACGUAGUGCCAUUCCAUUUCUUCACAUCUUCUCUUCGACUACCUCGUGCCCUCCCUCUGACCGCUGUUGAUCCCUUCAACACCUGCCCUAUUUUAACAUUAAUCAAUCGAACCGUUUGACAGCUUCUACUCCCGAUAACAAUCAGACUCCGCCUGCUCCUCCUUUUCUCCAACCUUGUGAUCCUAAAGUAGAAAUCAAGAAACCCCCGCUCUUGACGCCAAGAUCCUAGCUGGAUUGAUCAUUGAUCGAGGGAGGUCGGGCAUCGUACUUGGAUAGGAGAAAAGAAUCCUAGAGAGUGACAAGGCCAGAAGAAUCGCGUCCAUCUGUGAGGUUGGGGCGAAAGGGGAGAGGGCGGGGCGAGGAGAUGUCUCGGGGCGGGAGCCACGGGGAGCUGGGGCAGAGGAUCGACUACGUCUUCAAGGUGGUGCUCAUCGGCGACUCCGCGGUGGGCAAGUCGCAGCUGCUCGCGCGCUUCGCCCGCAACGAGUUCAACCUCGACUCCAAGGCCACCAUCGGGGUCGAGUUCCAGACCCGCACCCUCAACAUCGACAAGCGCACCGUCAAGGCGCAGAUCUGGGACACCGCCGGACAGGAGAGGUAUCGAGCUGUAACAAGUGCCUACUACAGAGGUGCAGUUGGAGCUAUGUUAGUAUAUGACAUAACCAAGCGCCAGUCCUUUGAUCAUGUGGCUAGGUGGCUUGACGAACUACGUGGCCAUGCAGAUAAUAACAUCGUUAUCAUGCUUAUUGGUAACAAAUCCGAUCUAGGCACGCUUCGUGCCGUGCCAACGGAGGAUGCUAAGGAGUUUGCUGAGCGUGAGAAACUUUUCUUCAUGGAGACCUCUGCCCUUGAGGCUGUCAAUGUUGAGAGCGCCUUCACAACUAUCCUGACAGAGAUUUACCGGAUUGUCAGCAAGAAAAACCUUGUUGCCAACGAGGAGUCUGAUUCUAGUGGAAGUUCAAGUCUACUGAAAGGAACCAAAAUUAUUGUCCCUGGUCAGGAGCCACCCCCUGCAUCCAAGGCGACAUGUUGUAUGUCCUCCUAGGAAUGAUGUUGUACCAUGUCGUUUCUGGUAGUCGGAGUUUCUGAUUACUCCUGCCAUAUCUGCAAACUGAAUGGCUGGGAUUCUUGGGAGUAAAGAUGAGAAGGUCUACAGGAAUAUUUAACUCAUAUACAUUGUAAUUUUCUCUCGACUGCCUUAUUUUUUAUCUGAUCAUGUGAUAUAGUGCAGUCAUUAAGAAUCCUUCCCUUCAGGUAAUACCUACAGCAUUUUCUGUUUGCA